AUGCGCUGGCGGCUUCCGGGCGCCCGUUCGAGCCUCCCCGCCAGCGUUGCUCUCCUUCUUCUCCCAGCUCUGGUUGCUCCGCAGCAGCACCCGGAUCCCCAUGACUCCGCUCCCCAGAUCUCCGUGCCCUUGGAUGGGCCCGGAUAUCGCUCCUCCAGGACAGCUUCUGUAGCUGUUCCUCCCGUCGUGAAAUCCAACGAUGCGAGCGCCCUGGCAACUCUGGCUCUGGCGGGCACCGGCCGCGCCGUUCGAGCCCCUCCUACCCAGGCCAGCAGCAGUUCUGCUGCCGGUCUGGCUUCGCAGCUUCACGCGCGGUCCUUGCAGGACUGGGAGGUUGAGGACUUUGUCCUGCUGGCGACCGUCGAUGGAACUAUUCACGCCCGAGACCGCAAGACCGGCUCCCCUCGCUGGGCUCUGGAGGUUCCUAGCAGUCCCGUCGUGGAAAGCAUAUACCAUCGAGCUAAUCGAACCAGCUUUGACGAUACACAGCCUGAAGAUGAUUUCCUGUGGAUUGUCGAGCCAAGUCAGGAUGGUAGCUUGUACAUCUACAGCCCUGGCCCCGACGCCGGCCUCCAGAAACUCGGGUUAACGGUGAAGCAAUUGGUUGACCAGACUCCAUACUCUGGAAUUGAUCCCGCUGUCACAUACACCGCCCGGAAAGAAACCACCUUGUAUACGAUUGAUGCUCGCACCGGUAGCAUAUUGCGAGUCUUCAGCUCUCGGGGUCCAUUCACUGCCGGGCAAGAGUGCCGCAAGGUUGAUGGCCAGGACUUGGACUCGGAAGAAUGCGAAACAACCUCGGGCACUCUGGUGCUUGGUCGGGUUGAAUAUGCUGUGGCCAUCCAAAACACCGAGACGGGCGACCCUAUCUGUACUCUGAAGUAUUCCGAGUGGGCACCGAAUAACCGUGACAUGGAUCUUCAGAGCCAGUACUUCCAAACAAUGGAUCAAAGUCACGUAUACAGUAUGCAUGACGGUGUGGUAUUGGGAUUUGACCAUUCACGCAUGGACAGACCUCGCUAUACUCAGCGUUUUUCAUCGCCAGUGGCUCGCGUAUUCGACGUUGUGCGUUCCACCAACAAAGACAACCCGGACGCUUCAACACCCUUAGUGCUUCUAUCCCAACCCCUCCAGCCCCCUGAUCCCGACUAUGGCGCGAUGAAUGAUGAACGAGACAUGCGGGUCUUCAUCGACUCUACUGAGGCAGGCGGAUGGUAUGCACUAUCCGAGGAAACAUAUCCAUUAGUCACUGGGCGUGCUCCAAUGGCUCAGUGCUAUGACAAGGACUUUUUCCGUAAGGGACAAUCGCUCAUGAGUUUGUCUCCGCACCAACAGAAGGAUGCUUUGGCUGGCUCCAUCGGAGCUUGCGCUCCCCCGGCAUUACGCAACAGCGCAAUUAUUCGGAAGGGCUGGGACAAUGCUUUGGACAUCAUCGUCACUCUAAUUCUGUUGUUUAUGGGCACAUUUAUCUACUUCAACUCCCACCACAUUCGAGAUCUCGCUAAGCAGAAGCUCGACAUCAAAAACAUCAUCAAUUCGAACGACAAAACGUCCCUUUCGACUCCCGCGACCCCUAUCGUGGUCGACACCCCGGCCAUCACGCGAUCGCAGCGUGCCGGCGAUGGCACCCGGGUCCAAAUUCGCGAGCCGUCCCGCGGGCCCGAUAGCGACGGACAAGAGCCGGGUCAGACCCCGGAGAAGCCACCAAAGAAACGAACUCGCGCCCGUGGGAGCCGCGGUGGUGAACAACUUGUCUCCGCCCCUCGAUUGGAGCCGGACAUCCAGAUGACGCGCACUGUUUCCAAUGAAAUCAUGGAAAUGGACGGUGUGAUCCGAAUCGGGCGCUUGGAAGUCUUUACGAGCAACGUCCUAGGACACGGCAGCCAUGGUACGGUUGUCUACAAGGGUGCAUUCGAUGGACGAGAUGUGGCAGUGAAACGCAUGCUGAUGGAGUUUUAUGACAUCGCCUCUCAUGAAGUUAGCCUUCUACAGGAGAGUGAUGACCAUCACAACGUCAUCCGGUACUUCUGUCGGGAGCAGGCUGCGGGCUUCUUAUACAUCGGGCUAGAACUCUGCCCUGCAUCUCUGCAGGAUGUCAUCGAACGCCCUUUCCACUUCCCACAGCUAGUCCAGGGCGGCCUAGACAUGCCGGACAUCCUACGCCAAAUCACCCAAGGAGUGAGAUACCUGCAUUCCCUCAAGAUCGUCCACCGGGACCUCAAGCCCCAGAAUAUUCUGGUGUCAGUGCCGCGCAGCCGCGCAGCCUCUCGGGCCAUCCGCAUGCUCAUUUCCGACUUUGGCCUAUGUAAGAAAUUGGACGACAACCAAAGCUCUUUCCGGGCCACCACUGCCCACGCCGCUGGAACCUCUGGCUGGCGCGCUCCCGAGCUGCUGGUCGACGAUGAUGCGUCUUCAUUCAACCUCGCAUCCCAGCAUACUGAGUCCUCCGAGCCCGCUGUGGUUGAUCCACAAACCAACCGACGGGCCACACGUGCCAUCGACAUUUUCUCCCUGGGCUGCGUGUUUUACUAUGUUUUGACUCGCGGAAGCCAUCCGUUCGAUAAAAACGGCAAGUUCAUGCGCGAGGCCAACAUCGUCAAAGGUCACUUUGACUUGCAAGAGUUAGAUCGGUUGGGAGAUUAUGCCUUCGAAGCUGAUGAUCUCAUUCGUUCGAUGUUGUCCCUUGAUCCCCGCCAGCGACCUGAUGCAAGUGCUGUCCUUACCCAUCCUUUCUUUUGGCCGCCCUCCGAUCGACUUAGCUUUCUGUGCGACGUGUCCGACCAUUUCGAGUUCGAACCUCGGGAUCCUCCUUCCGAUGCUCUGCUCUGCCUAGAGUCAGUAGCCCCCCAAGUCAUGGGACCGGAGAUGGAUUUUUUGCGGGCUUUGCCUCGCGAUUUUAAAGACAGCCUGGGUAAACAGCGCAAGUACACCGGCUCUCGAAUGCUGGAUCUUCUCCGGGCCCUUCGCAACAAGCGUAAUCACUAUAAUGAUAUGCCGGACACGCUCAAAGCCCACAUCGGGGGACUUCCGGAAGGAUACCUCAAUUUCUGGACGGUCCGGUUUCCUAGCCUGCUGAUGAGUUGUCAUUGGGUCAUUACCGAGUUGAACUUGAGGCAGAUCGACCGAUUCCGACGAUACUUCAUCACCUCGGACUAA